AUGGUUAAAAGUAAGGCAUUUCUUUCAUCAGAAGCUGAAGAAGAGGAUUUGACAACCAAGUUAAGGCAGGUUCAAUCUUCCUUGAGGCGGUUAAAGGACUUUGGUGCAAAACUCGAGGAAACGAUGAAAGAACUUUCCAUUGCCUUAGAGGGCAAAGUCGACAACGAGUCUGAAAUUGAAAAAUUUACUGAAGAUAGUGAGAUGCUGUUUGAAUUGCUCUCUGAAGUUACAGAGCACUCUGAAGAACUUCUACUACAAGAAAAAAGACUGGAGCAAAUGGACAUUCCAUAUUUGAAGACGGAAGCAUCAAAUGACCCAAGAAUAGACCACAUGAUAGAUCUGCAGACACGAAUGCAGGAACAACUUUUGCAUUUCAAAGAACUCCAAAUUCAGGAAUUGCACAGGAAAGAGAAGAUUUACAAAGAGAAAGAAACUCCAGUAGUUAAACUUCCAAAGUUUGAACUACCUUCAUUUAAUGGAGAUAAAUUAAAAUGGAAAGAAUUCUGGGACUCCUUUGAAGCUUCAGUGCACAAGAACUCGAGGCUUUCCAACAUUGAGAAGUUCAACUACUUGAAAAGUAAAAUGGAAGGAACGGCACAAUCUGCUAUUUCCGGCCUUAUGCUCUCCCAUGAAAAUUAUGAUGUAGCUCUCUCAAUAUUGAAGGAACGAUUCGGAGAUGUGCAGUCUGUAAUAAACAAACAUUACAUGGACCUCAUCAACAUUAAGCCUGCACUCAAUAACACUUCCAGUCUCCGUAGAUUACUGGAUGAACUAGAAAACCAUAUGCGUAGUCUAGAAGCCUUGGAACAGGAUGUAAAUCAAGAUGUCUUUGUUUCCAUGAUAAUAACAAAGUUACCAAAGGAAGCCAGAUUACAAUUAGAAAUACAGAAAGGAAAGAAAGAAAAGUGGACUGUGCAAAAGCUGAGAAUAUUUCUUGAUAAUUACAUAGUAGCCAGAGAGUCUACAGAUAUGGACAAUCUAGACUCUCAUGAGAAACAACAUGCAAGAAAAACUUCAUUACCUGGAAUGUCAUAUGUAAAUGAAAGAAAACAUACAUCUGCAGAAGCAUUAACAACAUCAUUUCAAGAAUCACAAAGAAGAAAUAAAUAUGAAAGAAAACAUCCCAUUUGUAUCUUCUGUGAACGAAAUCAUUGGAGUGAUGAAUGCAAAGAAUUCAGGACAAUUGAUGAAAGAAAACAGAAGAUCAAAGGAAGAUGUUACAUUUGUCUUAAACCAGGCCAUCUGAGCAUAGACUGCAAAGUAGACAAACCAUGUGUCCAUUGCCAUCAGACAAAGAAACAUCACCGAAGUCUCUGCAAUAAGAAGAUACAGCUUUUGAGAGAAACCUCACACUUUGUUGAAGCAGAGAUUCUUGAUUCUGAACCAGUUAACAAUAUACCAGAAAACAGUCUAUUGUCCUCAGGUAGUAUGGUGCUAAUGCAAACUGCAAGAAUUGAUGCAUCAGAUCUGAAUGGAAGGAGAGUUGAAACUAUUAGAAUUCUGAUGGACUCUGGGUCUCAAAGAACAUAUGUUACUGAGGAAUUAGCUUCAAGGUUGAAUUUGCAGAGGAAAAGAACAGAAGAAAUAUCACUCAUCACCUUUGGAUCAACGAAACCGAAGAUGGUAAAAACUCCAAAUGUAUCUUUAAGAAUUAAACUAAAGGAUGGGCACUACAUGAGAAUUGACGCAAAUGUUGUGCCUCAAAUAACUGGAUCAAUACAUAGAAGACCGUUGCCACCUAACAUCACUGAAAAGAUGCAGCACCAAUGGAAACAUUUACAAUUUGCUGAUACUCUACCAAAAACUACAGAAAAUUCAACCAUAGACAUCCUUAUUGGAAAUGACUAUUAUCUUGAUUUAGUAUCAUCAGAGAAAAUUGAAGUUAACCCUGGACUUUACUUACUAUCAUCAAAGGUAGGAUGGAUUCUCACUGGAAGAACACAAGAAAAUUUUGAGGCGUCCAGAGAUCAUUUACAUGAAAUGCUGAUUGUAAAUGGAAAUAACUUAACAACAGAAUAUUGCCUACAUUCCUCCGUCGAUCAAUGUUUGCCCUUGAAGCCAUCAUUGGAUGAGUAUUGGAACUUGGAAACGAUUGGAAUCAAAGACCAGCCUCACUCAUCAGAUGAUGACAAGGCUUUGAAAAACUUUACUGAUACAAUAAAACUAGUCAAUGGCAGAUACCAAGUCACUUGGCCAUGGAAAGAUGAGCAACCUGAACUCCCAGAGAACAGAGAACUUGCUUUUGGAAGGUUGAGAUCUUUAAUUCAAAAACUUAAAAAGAACCCAAAGCUACUUCACAAAUAUGAUGAAAUAAUUCAGGAGCAGUGCAAGCAAGGCAUCAUUGAGAAAGUGACAAAAAACAGUGAAGUAAAGAAUAGUGUCAAACACUACAUACCCCAUCAUGCUGUUAUUGAUCCAACAAAACCUACCACAAAAAUGCGGAUCGUUUAUGAUGCAUCAGCAAAGUUAAAACCAGAGUAUAACAGCCUUAAUGAAUGUCUUUACAGAGGACCAGUGAUGCUAAAUGAUUUGUGUGGACUGUUGUUGAGAUUUAGAAUGAAAAAGAUUGCAAUUAUUGCUGACAUAGAAAAGGCAUUUCUGCAGAUUGAAUUACAAGGAAAAGACAGAGAUGUGACAAGAUUCUUUUGGUUAAAGAAUAUUGACACUCCAACAACAGAGAACAAUAUUCAAGUGUAUAGAUUUACGAGAGUUCCAUUUGGAGUUAUAUCAAGCCCUUUUCUGUUGGCUGCAACUUUAGAUUACCAUCUUGGAAACUACAACACUGCAACAGCUGAAAACAUAAAAGGUAAUAUCUAUGUAGAUAAUGUUAUCACUGGUGUAGAGUCCGUCUCAGAGGCUAGGAAACUAUACACAGAUGCUAAAGAAAUCUUCAGUGUCAUGUCAAUGAAUUUACGAGAAUGGGCAUCUAACUCCAAAGAAUUUAGUAAGUGUAUUCCUCCAGCUGAUCAAGCUAACAGAGAAACCAUAAAAAUUCUUGGUUUAUCUUGGAAACUUUCUGAGGACUCCAUAUUUAUAAACAGUCCAAAGGAUGAAACUCAGAUUCCACCUAUCACAAAGAGGAAAGUCCUUCAAAGAAUUGCUUCUGUUUUUGAUCCACUUGGAUUCUUCACCCCAGUUACUUUGAGAACAAAGUUGUUUCUACAAACAUUAUGGAACCAAAAGAAAGAGUGGGAUGAAGAACUGACCAAAGAAGACAUACAACAAUGGGAAAAUAUAUCCUCAGAUCUGGAUAAUAUUCCCAUUUCUCAUAUUCCUCGUUUUAUUGGACUUUCUGGUACGGUGACAUACAAUUUAAUGUGCUUUUGUGAUGCAUCAACGAAAGCGUACGCCUGUUCGGUUUAUUUACACCAGAGCAACAAUGAAAGAACUUCAGUCAACCUGCUGUUUUCAAAAACUCGAUUAGUGCCACUUAAGAAAAUAACACUACCUAGAUUGGAACUGUUAGCUGUUGUCAUUGGAGUCAGAUGUGUACACUUUGUUGAACAGCAACUUAAGUUAACUAUCACAGAAAAGAUCCUUUGGACUGAUUCCCAGUGUGUAUUGCAUUGGAUUAGAAUGAAGAAACCUCUAACUACUUUUGUGGAAAACAGAGUAAAAGAAAUCAGAAACAACAAAGAUAUCAAUUUUCAAUAUGUAUCUACAAAAGAUAAUCCAGCUGAUAUUGCAAGCAGAGGAACAACAGUUACAACUCUUCAAGAAUUGGAACAAUGGUGGAAUGGUCCAGAAUGGUUGAUUAAAAAGAGAGAUGACUGGCCUUCAUGGAACAGUCAACAAACCUGUAAAGAAGUUCAAAAUGCCAUAGAAUCAGAAUGCAAGACUCCAAAGAUACUUUAUGAAGCUAAACUGAUGGCUGGGGAGAGUCCUAACGGAAGUAAAAACAAUUCAGAUUCCGACUCAACUGGAUAUCCAAGCAUUAUUGACUACCACAGAUUUUCAUCAUUUUUACGUCUUAUUCGAGUUUUAGCAUGGAUUCUAAGGUUUAUCAAAAGAUCGAAGAAAAUUCAGAUGCAUGCGAACCAUCUAACUUCCUCAGAACUACAGAAUGCCAGAAUUCUUGUGAUAAAGAAUAUUCAAACUCAGAAUUAUAGUGAUAUCAAAAUCGCGCUCAAAGAAAAUAGGAGAAACAAUUUAGUUAGUCAACUAGGACUGGUAUUAGAUCAGGAAGGAAUUAUCAGAUGUAUUGGAAGACUCGAAGAUGCUCAGCUGUCAGAAGGAGCAAGAACUCCCAUACUUCUUCCAAGAAAGAACCAUGUGACAGGGCUAAUUAUUGAUUACAUCCAUAAAAAAUCAUUUCAUGUCGGAGUUUCCCAAACGUUAUCAUUGGUUCGUCAAGAAUACUGGAUUCCACAGGGAAGAUCAGAAGUAAGAAGAAUAAUACAGAAAUGCACAGUCUGUAAGCGGUUUGAGGGUGGUCCUUACAAGAUGCCGCUAAUGCCUCCACUACCAAAGAAACGUGUAAGUGAAUCAGCACCAUUUACAUACACCGGAGUGGAUUACUUUGGACCAAUCUUCAUUAAAACAGAAACUGGCAGUAAAAAAGGUAUGGGUGUGUCUAUUUACCUGCUUGGUAGUAAGGGCUAUACAUCUUGA